AUGAAUAGAAACUUACCAUUAUUAUCAGUGUCCGAAGUUUCCAAGCACAAUACUAAGAAAGAUGCUUGGGUAACAUUAUAUCAUCGUAAGAUUUAUAAUGUUAGCGACUUCAUUGAUGGACAUCCUGGAGGAUCAGAUUUGAUUCUUCCAUAUUUAGGGAAAGAUAUCACAGAAAUAAUGGCGGAUACGGUUUCCCAUGAGCAUUCCGAAAGUGCCUAUGAAAUGUUGGAUGAUGAAAUGUUAGUAGGCUAUGUUGCAACCCCAAUGGAAGAAAAGGAAUUAUUAAAUAAUAAGAACAAAACUCCGGUUGAAGUUAAGAUUGAAGAUGGGGAUUUCGCUAUGGAUGAAUUCCAUGAAAAUUUACCUGCUUUACACAAAUUGCAAAUUCAAACCGAUUAUGAAGCAGAUGUUAAGAAACAUAAAUUCUUAGAUUUGAAUAAAGCUUUAAUUCCUCAAGUUUUAUUCGGUAACUUCACUAAAGAAUUCUAUCUUGAUCAAGUUCAUAGACCAAGACAUUAUGGUAAAGGAUCAGCUCCAUUAUUUGGAAAUUUCUUAGAACCAUUAUCUUUAACUCCAUGGUGGGUAGUUCCAACAUGUUGGUUAUUACCAAAUUUUUAUAUCUUUUAUGUUGGUUUUGUUAAUCAAGAUAAAAUCAUUGCAUUGAGUUUCUGGGUUUUGGGGUUAUUCGUUUGGACUUUGAUCGAAUAUUGUUUACACAGAUUUUUAUUCCAUUUAGAUCAUUAUUUACCAGAUCAUCCAAUCUUUUUAACUUUGCAUUUCACUUUACAUGGAGUUCAUCAUUAUUUACCUAUGGAUGGUUACAGAUUGGUAUUACCUCCAACAUUGUUUUUGAUUUUAAUGUACCCAUUCUAUAGAUUGGUGUUUUCAGUAUUCCCAUUCUAUAUGGCAUGUUCAGGUUUUGCUGGUGGUACUUUAGGUUAUAUCAUGUAUGAUUGUACUCAUUAUUUCUUACAUCAUACUAACUUACCCCAAUAUUUCCAAGAUUUAAAAACUUAUCAUUUAGAACAUCACUAUAAAAACUAUGAAAUGGGUUUUGGUGUUACUUCUAAAUUCUGGGAUGUAAUUUUUGGUACUGAAAUCACCGAUACUUUUGAAAAGAGGAAUUGA